AUGUAUGCUACGCUUGUGGAAACAAAGGACAGUGGGUUAGCAACCGCCCGUCAGAACACUUGCCCGAAUUCCAUGAAAAAAGUUGUCAAGUUGAACGUGCUGAACUCCCAUCGUCGCCACUUAAAUGUCAAGCUGCAGGAUGUGAACGCGAAAUUUCAACUUGACAAAGGUGCCAACGUAUCGGAAAUCAACGGCAGGACGGAUGGAACUACGAUCGCCAGUAGAGAAGGUCUCGCCUGCCCUACUUGA